GAUACGUAGGGGAUCGAAACAGCGUCCGGUGCGUGAUGGGCGUGGCUAUUGCUUCCGCCUCUUCUUACGUAAAUCUACACAUGCGCAGUGACAGCCCUCAGCGAGCCCUUUCUAAGCCUAGCGUUGAACGACUAGCAUCAAACGAGCAUCAAGAUGCAGCUCUUCUUGCGUGCCCAGAACACUCACACCCUUGAGGUGACCGGACAGGAGACUGUUGGACAGAUCAAGGCCCAUGUCCAGGGUCUGGAGGGUCUCCUGGUAGAGGACCAGGUGCUGCUGCUCGCUGGGUGCCCGCUGGAGGAUGAUUCCACACUCGCAUCCUGUGGCGUCUCGGAGCUGUGCACCCUGGACGUGGCCGGCAGGCUGCUGGGAGGCAAGGUCCACGGCUCUCUGGCCCGUGCUGGAAAAGUGAGGGGACAGACACCCAAGGUUGAAAAGCAGGAGAAGAAGAAAAAGAAGACUGGCCGAGCCAAGCGUCGCAUCCAGUACAACAGGCGCUUUGUGAAUGUGGUGCCCACCUUCGGAAAGAAGAAGGGACCCAACGCCAACUCCUAAAGUGCCCCCAAGGAGAAACAUGAUCACCAUCCAUGUGUUUUUACCAGGUUAAAUGUUAUCCUGCUGUACAGAAUAAAAUUUGGCUUGAAGAAAA